AUACGGAAUUCGCCCAUGGCGUGGGCAAUUACUCACGGGUUGGCAACUCUGCCACGAAAGGUUGUAGUUGUUGUUUUGAUUAGUUUUGAUGUCGACUGCAUCAAAAAACCAUCAAUUCCUGGAGAAAUUGUGUGCACCAGCUCCCAUUUCUUUAGAGGUUUGACGGGUCGUAAUAAAAUGCUGCGAAAUGACAGUGAUUCACUCACGUGCGUGGCCUCCAUUUUAGAUAAUUUUAAGCGUAAGGCAUCGCCAAAUAGGUUAGAAGUCGAUGAGGUGAACCGGUCUGCAUCAACCGUAUCAACGAGACUUAAUUUUGGUAACGAUAGCUUCGAAGGCAGCAUGAAUGAACAUGUCAAAAGGAAAAAGUGGAGCCUCGAGGGAACCCCUCCAUCAUCCGAUGUGUCACACCUUGAUGUAUCUGCCAUUGAAUCACCGUGGGAAGCUCGUCGUUUGAAGAAAGAACUAAUAGACGCUAAGAGUAAAAUAGCCUCCUUGGAAACGCGGGUCAGUCAACUACAUGCACUGAGACGGGAACUGGAGGUUGUUUUUGAAUCAGAGAAAAACAGUCUUUUGCUCCAACAGGGUCGAGAUAAAACUAUGAUACAAACUCUAGAGAGCCGAGUUUCACAACUUCGUCGAAGAGAAUCAGAUUGUCGGGACAGCCUUGCUCGAAAAUUAAAAGAUUUGGAAGACCAAAAUGCCCAACUUGAGCAGGCAAUAAUCACCCUGCGUAGGGAGAAAAAUCAGCUUACUGAUGAGAUGUUUGAGAUGAAACGAUCGGUCAGGAAUGCCGAGAACAAAAAUGAGGACUACGAAGACGAAAUUAAGAAACUUAAAUCUAUCAUAAGCCAGAAUGAAGUUGAAAAGCGGCGUUCUUCAUCUUCAAAUGAAUCUAAAUUAAAUACUUUUCAGAAUGAACAACUUUCUCUAGAACUUAGAGAAGCUCAAAGAACAAUUAAGGACUUACAGCGCCAACUAGAAGAUGGUAAUGAGGCAUCUGCCAUUGUCAAAGCCCAACAGCAGAAACUUUUUAAGUUACCUGAGAUGGAACGUGAGCUUGAAAUUCUUCGUAAGGAUGUGGUGAACUUAAGAGAUGCUGUUCAUAACAAACUUCUGCUGGAGGAGGAAGUUGCUGACCUACGUCAAAAAUGUGCCUCUAGUGAUGAGCAGAUUACUCGCCUUGUGCAAUUAGAAGCCCAUCAGCAGCGGCUGGAGAGUAAAUUAAGAGAUUGGGAAAAACUAGUGAAGGACUUUUGCCCUAGUGCUUCUGACAAUGAUGUGUGUCCUAGUUUGCUGCGUAAACAUCUCCAAGAAUUACAACAAUCUGAGCUGCUCCUAUCCUCUGAAGUGGCUGAUCUUCAGAAUAAAUGGAAGUGCGGCAACAGUGCGCUUGCAAAGGCCCAGUCUGAAAUAUCACGACUGUCCAAAGAAGUAUCUUCUUUGAAAACUACUCAAGACCAACAAGGAAACCUCAUCAGAAGAUGGCAAAGAAAACUAGCCCUUGUUACUGGAGAGAGGAACAGCUAUAGGGAGCAGCUAGAUUCAUAUGAGAAAGAAUUGACAAUGCCAGUCUCGAACCAACAACAAGCUUUACGACCACGGAUUGAAUCCUUGGAGAAAUCAUUGGAUGGAUACAGAGAACUAGUAGAAAACUUAGAGGCUGAUCUGACAUCUGCUCUCGGUCAAGGUGGUGCUGAAGGCUUGUUAGAAAAGAUUCGAGUGAUAUCAGCUGAAAAAGAUGCAUUGUCUGCUGAAAAAAUUUCCUUGCAAAAGCGAGUUGAUGAAUUGCAGCAUCAAAUGGAACAACAGGUUCUCAAAGGAGACUUCAGUUCUGGCUCCUCUAGAAUUUUACAUUUGAGGAUGAAUCCGGUAGCAAGCGCUGAAGAAGAGCGAGAGAAGGAAGUAACCAUGCUGAAGACUGAAGUUGCUAAACUUCGAGAACGAGUGAAGGUUUUGCAAGAGGGUGAAAGAGAUGAUAUAACAUGUAAAGUUGACAAGCGUUUAAUGACCUCAAAUUCACAGGAAGUACAAGAACUCCAAGAGAAGAUUAAAUCUGCUGAUAUAAUGAUGCAGAGAUUAAAAGAAGCCUUUAAAAAGACUAGCACAGAGUUUCGUGAUUGUGUUUACAAUUUAUUGGGAUAUAAAGUUGACCGAUUGCAAAAUAAAGGAGGGCUGUUUCGACUAUCAAGCAUGUAUGCUGAAUCUCCUGAUGAUUAUCUCUUAUUCAAGAUGCAAGAUAAUGUCACCUUUAAUUUGCUGGAAACACCAUUCUCUGCAUCUCUUGGGGACUUAAUUGACACCCAUCUUCAUCAACAAGGUUCCCUCCCUGUAUUCAAUGCUGCUGUAACAAUGGACUUAUUUAGUCGCCAAUCAAUGAUGGUGCCUUCUGCUUCAGCAGACGAUGAUGAUGAUGAUCCUAUUGUUGUCUUAGACUGAUACAGUGAAAGUUGUCUUUAUUUAUUAAUGAAAAAUUGUGAUAAAGGUUUAGUGGAAAGCUUGGAAAUAUUUUUGGAAAUAAAUUAAACAUACAUUCUUUCA